AUGAAGCUCUGCCUGAUGCUGGUGUGCCACUCACUGCUCCAGCUACUGGCGAACGUCAGAGGAGACAUUUCAGUCCAAGACUACAGCAAGUACACGGGAAGUUCCGCUAUCACCGGGACCAGCUUAGGGAAGACGUCCGCACGCUCGGUAGUCCGCUGCAGCACGUUGUGCUCGCGUCACGAAGAGGAGAAGGGGGAACGUUGCCAUGCUGCUCGCUACCAUGGUGAAACACGUGCCUGUGAAUUGAUGUCACGUAGUGGAGAGGGGGCGGAGGAAUGGCUCGUGGACGGACAAUGGAACAUUUAUGUUAUCCAGGGCGUUGCUGCGUGUGGCGAGGGCUGGCACGCGUACGAAACUUCCUGUUACUAUGUCUCAAAUCAGGCAGCAGUGGAUUGGUACACGGCUCGGGAUAGUUGUAUACAGAUGGGCGCGACACUAGCCGUCAUUACUACCCUGGGCGAGAAUGGCUUCCUGAAAGGUCUUCUGGAGUCCGUGUACGGAUCACACUACUAUUGGCUUGGGGCUAAUGACGUGCUUCAAGAAAGCGUGUUUAAAUGGGAGACGGGGGAAGAUUGGGCUUCACUGCUUGGGCAGUGGCCCCUUGGGUACAACCCCUCGGGUAUUCUGGGUACAACUGCCUGGGUAUCUGGGUGA